CUGGUGCAAUUGUUGGCGGUUGAUUCAGGUCUGUCACAAAUACAACAGUUGUUUUACAAUUAUUUAGAUAAAAUUGUUCAGAUGAAGUAGUUUGAAUCCCCGGAGUUCCAGAAUGGCGAACAGGAAUUGCAACAUCAGUGGGGAAAUCGAGCCGAGAGUUCCUCGACAUCCAACAGCAGCACUGACUGAGGUCCUGCCAACAGUGCCGGAGGUGUCAUUGGCCUUCGACAGCCCUCAACAACGAAUUUAUUACCCAAACGAGUCGAGACCCUCCACUGUGCCAACAUCCUACGCCAAAUGGAAGCAACAAGUACCCCAGAAAUCCAUCGACCCUGGGGUCAUGCAGAAAGUAUCACGAAGCCUCCCGUCAUCACUAGCCCCUAGAAAACAUAACACAGCCCUGGGAGUAAUUGAAAAACCCCGAAAUCCCGUAACCAACGUCUUCACAAAGGACUCUCGCCUGAAGUUCUAUCAAAAAAUAAAUCCAGAGUCUUCCCAAGCGAACCCAAAAAUCCUCCCCACGAGCAAUCCCUCGAAUUCCAUGAAAUCAUCAUCGAGAAGAUCUCAGAUGCUCCUCCCAGUGGCUCCUAAACCUCAGGAGUCCUCAGACCUCGAAAAAGUCGAAGUCUCAAGCCCUCCGAGACGAGAGAAAACCACCUGCGACUGUCACUCCCAUCAGUCUGAAAACACGGAGAUAAUUAAUAAAUUAUUGUCCCUGGUCCAAAGUCAAAAUGCUCAGAUACAGAUGCUCCAGGGACAGGUGGAAACUCUUCUGUCAAUGAGGACUGAAAGACCCAGGGAAUUGAAUGACUACCAGAGGCUUCCUCUGCCUGUUCACAACGCCUCCACUAAUCCAAUUGAUCCAGGUCUUCAGAAUCCACGUCUUCAGUACUCAAAGAGCUCUCGAGAUGUCCAGGAACUUGAAGAGAAACAGAGGGACGAUAGCUGUAAACAGUUAAUAAAGGAGAAGAAGGUAUCGAUUGGAGUCAUGACGAGUUUCGAGUUGACUGUUCAAGAUUCAGUUGUUUAUAAUGUCGAUGCGCCAGCAGUCACUGAUUAUCAAGAUAAAUCUUCCCAUCCAGUGGGAAUAAAAAAUCUGAAUUCUAGAGCAACUGCUCCUAUAGGAAAAGUACCCACUGGCCCCCUGGAGCAGAUUAUCGAGGAUUCAGAGAGCCAUUUGUCGUCCACUGUUCAAGCUAGCAACAAUUUUAACACUUACUCCUCGGCGAGGAAAUCAUUACAGGGAAAUCCUCAGGGAGAUUCGCUGACCUAUGCAGAAUUGCCACAAGUUAAUCCCCAAAUGAAUCCUCAAAUAAAUCCACAAGUUCCAGCUCUGCCUCAAAACCAGAUUCAUCAUCUGACAGAUCGACCUCCAGAAUCUCUGAAACUAACACCCAGAUUUUCCAGCGGAGAAAAUCGUUCACCGAAUCCAGAGAAAUAUUCUCCAGCAGGUCGAGCUGUUGCUCCAUCGAAUCCUCGGGGAGAUCCAGCUCCUGGAGACGUGGAACCUGUUAAAAAAACUCCACAAGUUGGUUGGACUCUGUAUGAUAAUGUCAUGUGUCAGGUGAAUGAAAUUCUGCACAAUACUCAAGAGGAGGAAAAAAAAGAGAUGGUUCAGGAGGCGAAUGGAUCGAAAAUCGUGCUGAAUGGAAUACAGCAGUCGACUCUGGAGAAGCUGAGGCUCUUUGGAUUCACAUUCGCUGAUACGUCUGGAUGCUCCGAGGGAAAAUCUCUCGUCGAUGGCAGGAGGAUGAAUCCUAUUCCUAUUGACGCCUCGUAUUAUCCUCGACUGGAUUAUCAGGCAAAUGUCAUUCAGACCUCAGGAUCUGCCAGUGACACCAGUUUGCACAUGAAGGCACUUGCUAUGAAGUAUUUAGGGAGCAAACAGCUACCAAAUGUUUCUAGUCAUCAAAGGGGGAUGGAAUUGUUCACUAGUGUUGUACUGAGUAAUAUACAGAAUAACAUUCCUGGAACUUCCAUCUCUGAAGUUCCUAAAAUGGAUAGUCCACGAUUCCAGGCGUCACCGAAGGCUUUAGAUUAUCAACGGGACAAUUAUUUAAUCCACUCAAAGCAAAGUCCACACACUCCGCAUAGUCCACACAAUAUAUUGGAUAUAUCCAGUCUCAAACGUCAACCCAAAUUAUUAUAGCACGAUUAUUUAUCAUUUUUUAUUUUAAUUUCAUUAAGAAUUGUGGAUUAUUAUUUAUUACGUAUUCAGUAAUUGUGAAGAUAAAGUCUAAAUAAACGAAUUUUCUAUUUCUUUUAAA